AUGUUAAAUCCGUCGGAUCAUCUGGAACCUCCAGUCCACUACUUGCCCGUCCUUGGAAUCGUACCCGUUCCUACUCCACAACCGGAAAACCCAAAUGUGGGUCAACAAUCAAACGGAAGACCAGGAUUUUGGUCCCGUUUUUUUGAAAGAAUUAGACAGCAAAUUUGUUGCCGCAGUCGAAGAGUUGGGAACCUAUCUGAGGCAUUCGCUCUGGAAGACAACCGUCUGUGA